GUUAGAUACGUUCAUGAAUAUUGGGCAUUUUAUAGCUGCAUAAUGCACUGAAGAUAGUUGGUGGUGUUUAGAAUAUGUACCUAAUCUGUACCAAUGCACUAAUAAUUAAAUCCUUCGAUAAAAUUCUGUUUGGUAGCAUCAUUUUAGAGAAAAUGCUGAUCAACAAUGAAUGAUUUGACCUAGAAUGUCAAAAUUUAAUUUAUAUGUGCAAAGAGAACAUAGUUGACUCUGCCUCUUGGUUGCUUCACAGGCAGAAAAACAAUAUGAAUUUAUCAGAUCAUGGCUGUAAUUCUUUUGUAACCAACUUGACAUCAAGACAUAUGAACAACAAGAAAGACAUCAAGUUUUCUAAAACAACACAGAAGAGAAUUUCACAUGAAAAUAGGGGUUUGAGACUAGAAUCCAAAAAAAUAUGAGUCAAACUUUGAACUUAGUAUGAAACGUCAAUAUUCUUCUGUGGUGAAGAAAAAUCCUCUGAUUUUUCAGGAGAAAAAAAGGUCAGGAGAAAGAAAAAUUUACAAGUACAAUUGCAUACUAAAAGAACUGAGUUUGCCUCUUCCUCAGUGAAGAUGUCAAAGAAGAUGACUAGGAAAGAAAACUGUUUAUUCAAGUUGCCGAAUCAGUACAGCAUUCACAAGACUUUAUCACCCCUUUGUACAUCUUCCUCAGUUAUUGGGAAAAAGGAAAUGAUUUCUAGCCUCUACAAGAUAUUAUAUAAUGAAGUACCUCAAGGACACUUAUACUCACAAGAAUUAAGUGGUAACCACAGGGCGGAUAUUAGAGAUAUUGUAUUUACUUUGGAUGAACUACAGCACCAGUAUGAGGAUUUUUCAUUACGGAAUGGUCAAGCCCUGGACAAAUCUACUUCUAACAGAAAGUUAUCAAAUAUAUCAGAAUGCUAUCUACAAUAUAGGAAGAAAAACAUUUUAUCUUCCAGACCAUUUGAACCAUCAUUAUUCCCAAAGUUAAGUAGAAAACACCUCCAAUACCAUAAAAUUAUAGAGGAUAAUGAUUACCUUGAAUUUAGAAGAUCAAAAAAUCCUUUGCAAAUAAAAAAAUUCCUAAGUGAGGUUGAUAGCAGCAAUAUAGGAUUCCAGGAACUAUAUUCAAAGGAUGGCAUAAGCUUUAAGAAAAGUUCAGAGAAGAUUGAAAUUCAUGACUCAAAGUCUAUACCACAUAACUUGAAGAGUAUUACAAGCCUCAAAAAGUCUCUGGAUAAAAGUGAUACAUUUAGUAUCCCCAAACUUCAGAAGCCAACUGUGAGAAGGCAUUCCAGCCCCCUAAAACAGGUUUCAUCAAAGGAAAAAACUGCAAUGAAUGCUCUGGAAAACAUCUACAAAGCUAUCAAUAAACUCCAACAAAAUUACAUUGCUGCAGAAGAACUUCAAUCCAUUUUGCCUUCGAUAGGAAUUACUUUCAAAGAGUUCAAGAAGAUUGUGACAGACACUACUCAAAAUGAAAGUGGAAUGGUGAAGUUAGAUGACUUUAUGAGUGCUCUCUCUGUGGAGCAAAGUCUUCCUAAAUGUGAUGUGUUCACUGAUGUCAUUAAAGCCGUUGAUGAAAGUAAAGAUGAAAAUAUGAAUUAUGAGGAUCUGAAUACUUGUCUUCAGCAUUUUGGAGUUUACCUUUCUAAGCCAGAAUUUAAGAAGAUUUUAGAAUUGACUGAAGCUAAUGAAACAAAAAAAGUGAAUUUUAAAGAAUUCAUUGAUACAGUGAUGACCAAUACGGUAUGCUUCUCUGAAAAACUAUUGUUGCCUGCUAUCAUUGAAAACCUCCACAAGCUCAGCAAAGAGAAGAUGAAUGCAUCUCACCUGUGGAACACUCUGUCUAGGAUGAAUAGUAACUUGAAAAAAAAAAAAGAAUUCAUAGAUGCACUGAAAUUAGCAAUAAUUGAUGAGAAUGAUGAAAUACAAGUAGAAGAAUUUGGAAAAGUAGUAAAGGACGAUGCGAUAAGAACUCUCAGACUGCCACUGACAAAAGUCUUUAGUGAGUUACAGGACAUUACCUUAGCUCUUGAUUUGCUUGAAGGUGACAUGAUACCUAGGAAGAACUUAGAGAGCUUUCUAGGAAAUAUUGGGAUUAAGUCACCUGAAAAGGAGGUAGAGAAAAUUCUUCAAUCAAAUUUUGUUUCUGAUGACAACAUGGUAAAUGUUAAAGACUGUAUGAAGACUUUGAAGAACACCCAGGAAUUUUCCAACUUUAUUGCAUUGAAUAACAUCAUCAAUACAUUGGAUUCUAUGGAAGAAAGUGAUCAGUCUUAUAAGGACAAAUAUGCAGAUACACUUGGAAACACCAAUAGAAUUUAUUUCACUGAUGAAAUUCUUCAAGAAAUACUGGAUGAUUCCUUUGUUGAGGAUUUUAGGAAAGAGACUUUGUCUUCAAAUCUGAAACUACCAAAAGCAGAUGAGAUUAAAGAAGCUGCUCAUAUCUUGUCAAGUGUUGAUAAUGGCAAAAUUGCUAUACCUGACUUGGAGCAUGCCCUGAAAAGUUUGAAUGUUAAUAUAACUGAGGAGGCUAUCAGUGAAGCCCUUAAGUUUUGCGACAUCAGUGAUAAUAAGGAGGUGAAUUUGAAAGAUUUCUUUACAAGAAUUAAAGAAAGUCCACAUUUCAAAGAGUGAAUGGCUACACAGCUACUCUUAGCUAUCACCCAAAUUCUCCAGAAUGAUCUAAUUGAUGUCUCUGAACUCAAGGCAUUAUUGAUGAACAAUGACUUUUGUGCAGCUAAUGUUUCACUUAAUGAAAUAUUAAGCAAUGUACCUGAACGUGAUGCCUUAAACAAAGUCACCAAUGAGAAAGUUGAUGUUGAUGAUGUAAAAUCUAUGCUGAAAGGCCUGGGAAUAUAUUUCCCAAAGGAAGAAUUACAGGAGGUGCUUACAUCCAUUCCUCUUGAUAAGGAUGGAAAAGUAAAUUUAGAAGAAUUUAUUGGCAAUUUAAUCAAUUCAGGAUCUUCACCUCUACCUGAAACUGAUAAAGACAUGAAUGAGAAGAAUGGGAUAAAAGAUGGGAGGUCAUCUGCUGGGGGAGAAGGUGACCUCAGUGAGCUGGAUAUUGUCCUGCAAAAAAUGGGGAUAGAGGCCUCCCCUACAGACCACUUGGAGCUAGAGAAGUUACAUCCAAUUAAUGGUGGGCAUUUCAAAUAUCAGAAUAGUCUUCAAGAGAGUUAUUCAGCAUUCUACAGCUAGUC